UUGUAGACAUCUGGGCUGGGACACACAGGACCGGAGCAUGGCCAGCCUACAGACCCCGCUCCUGGCUGCCCUCGUCCUCCUUGCUAUGGUACUUCAAGCAACCGACGCAGGCCCUUAUGGCGCCAACGUGGAGGACAGCAUCUGUUGCCGGGACUACAUCCGUCACCCCCUGCCCGUGCGAGUGCUGAAAUAUUACUACUGGACUUCGGACUCCUGCCGGCGGCCCGGUGUCGUCUUGCUAACUCUCAAGGACCGGGAGAUCUGUGCUGACCCCAGACUGCCCUGGGUGAAGAAGAUUCUCCAGAAGCUGGACCAGUGAGGAAGGGCUCUGCCCUGACGAUGCGGCCUUGGCUCCUCCAGGAAGACUAUGGAGCCCCAGCUCCCUGC